AUGUCUCUCUUCCCACGAACCUUGUACGACAGCGACGGCUCGUCAUCCUUUACACCUUUGUUCCGCCUCCUUGACGAGUUCGACAACUACAGUCGUCAGGGAGGUGCUUCUUCCCUUGUCCAUGAUAGCCACCCUGGUUCUGCUUUCUGGCAGCCAAAGUUUGACGUUGGCGAAAGCGGUGACCAAUACGAGCUGCAUGGAGAAUUCCCGGGCAUGAGAAAGGAAGACAUUUACAUCGAAUUUCCCCAGCCCCAGACACUGGUCAUUCGCGGAAAGUCCGAGCGGACGUAUUCAGGCACAGAGCCGUCGUCCUCGGCUGACAGGGUCGAAGACGUUUCGAACAAGCCAACCAUCACCGAAGCAGGUGACGACCAAAAGGGAGAUACUGUGGCACAAGCGUCACCCAAAGCCAUCGAAAAGACGGAGCAGCCAAAGUACUGGCUUCGCGAACGCAAAGUUGGCGAGUUCUCGCGCUCGUUUAUCUUUCCGUCUCCCGUGGAUCAGGACGCCAUCUCUGCAGGAUUCAAGGAUGGUGUACUCUCCGUUUCGGUCCCCAAGGCGAAAAAGCCCCAGCCUCGUCGCAUUGCUAUCAAUUAA